GCAAAAGAAACUGCGAGCGUGAAGUACCUCGAGGAAUGAAAGCCAAGAAGAWGCACACAAGCAAAACUGCAUGUUUAGUCCUCAUGAAUUAAUUUCAUUGCGAGAAAUGUUCCCUAAAAGAUAAAGUCUGAUUAUUGACGUCAUAAAGUGUYAUAGGAAUGCCCUUUGGGUACCCUGUGUAGUGGUCAGUGGACUAUCGUGCAUCUAAUUAUGCCACUAGCUGCAUUCAAAAUAUAACAUCAUAAAGAACUAUCAAGAAAAGGGGCUAAAAUCAUGGAUGUAAAUUUUGUUCUGGUCUUUUUAUCGUUAUUUGGACUAUCAAUUUAUGUGCAAGGAAGGGAAUUUCGUGCAAACUCUGUCAUUAAGGACAGCUUUGAGCUGCCAAAGAAAGAUAAACACACUGUCGYYCUGACGCGAAGGCAGUUUCUUGAUCGACUUCAAUACAGUACACGAAGAAAAAAUACUUUUAGAAAAGAAAGAAUUCGACGAGAUAGCAGUGGUUGCCRAAAUCCAACUGAUCUUAAAGGCAGGGAUAUCAAUAAAUAUGAGUAUAAGUUCCCAGCCAAUGACAAUCAUCUUUCGUUUUCAAUGACAUGGGUUGGUGAUAAAUUCGAGACUAUUUUACUCCUGGCCACAACAGAAUUCUUUAUUUUUUCAAUACAACGGUCAGCUCUGUACAGGAGUACUGAUUGUGGUGUAACCUUCAAGGAAAUCAAUACAGAUAUUUUUGGUGGUCACAUCAGAAAGGAUUUUGGUAUUCAAAGAAGUCCAAUUGAUCCUAAAUGGGUAAUUCUGGUGUCGUUCAGUAUGCCAAUACUGUCAAGACCAUCAACACUGUACAUAUCUCAGGAUGGAGCCAURAAGUGGAAGARGGUUUCUCUUCCAUUUAGAGUGAGUGGCAGUAUYGAGUUUCAUCCACGGAAUAAGAACUGGUUGAUAGCUAAGGGAUCAUCGAUACAGCAAGGGGCAUAUUUGUCGACUGAUUUUGGAUUUACCUGGAAGAAACUCAGGCCAUAUGUCACAAGUGUAAAAUGGGGGGUAAGGCAGGAUCUGAGGGUCGAGAAGGACGAACAAACAAUAUUUAUUACUACGGCUCCAGUUGAACGUGGUUUUGUCAAUAUCUAUGACUUACAACUAUGGAGAACAAGAAAUCUUGGCAAAGACUUUAAAUUAAUUAGUCGACAUGUUUACUCAUUUGGUGUCCAAGGGCCUUUCCUGUUUUUUACAGUGGACUACAACAAGAACAACAGAACAAGGAUUAUGCAUGUGUCCAAGGAUGGCGGAGACACACAAGAUAUUGCAGGCGUUCCUGCUAUUUUACCAGAGCAGUUCUACUCCAUUUUGGACAUGUCAGAAGGAAUGGUGUUUUUGCAUGUUGAUGAGGAACGAGAUACUGGUAAAGGCRUACUAUACACAUCUGAUGCCGAUGGGAUUGUUUAUGAUAAAUCACUGGAUAACCAUGUGUACACAAACUUUGACUCUGUAACAGAUUUCUAUAAAGUAGAAUCAAUGAAUGGCACAUAUAUUACAAGCAAAAUGAACAGUGACAGAUCUAUCACAUCAGUCAUAACAUUUGACAGAGGAGGGGAGUGGAAUCUGAUCAAGAUAACAGACAAGACUCUUUGUCCAUCUGGUAAGGUGUGUGCAUUGCACAUCCAYAACAAGUUCAGUCUAAGUCGAGGUGUCAAUGUGGCGAUGCCUCCUAUCAGYGACAGCAGUGCRGUGGGUAUUAUUGUAGCCCAUGCUAACCUUGGAGCAGGAUUACUGAAGAAAAACAUUGGUAUAUGGUUAUCACGGGAUGGCGGCUACACUUCCAGCUGGAAUGAAUGGUGCUCAUCAUUAUGCCAUUGCUGACCAUGGAAACCUGUUACUAGCUGUACCUAAUAAACAAGAUGUGAAGACUUUGUUGUACUCAGUUGAUGAGGGUGCCUGUUGGUUCGAGUACAACUUUCCUAAUGCUAAUGAGAAAUUCCAGUUGACCGGCCUGGUUACAUCUCCUGGUGCCAGAUCAAUGAAAGCAAAUCUAUGGGGCUACACUACACGCCCUCUAACUGGUCGACAAUGGGUGGUCUAUACUCUGAACUUUAGGAACUUACUCAGUAGAUCUUGUGCGUAUAAUGCUAAUGAUGAUAAUUCAGACUACACUAAAUGGGUUCCUCAUGGCAAUGGGAAAAACAAUGGUUGUCUUCUUGGUAAAAAGGUUACAUUUUUAAGACCAAAACCAGAAGCACUUUGUUUUAAUGGAGAAGACUAUGUUCCACAGUCAACAAUUGAGUACUGUCCAUGUACUAAUGCUGAUCUUGAAUGUGAUUAUGGCUACACUCGUGAAGUUGGUUCUGACAUCUGCAAACCUGACAAGAGUAAAGUACCUCAUCUUUGUUUACAUGGUGACCAAGUCAACCAAGUCAAACCUGAACUCAAAGGUUAUCGUCUUGUUCCAGGGGAUAUGUGUGACAAACAUAACACUAAAGUUGAGAAAUACAUUGAUACACACAUCAAGAAUAACUCCAAGUCUACAGUAGCUGUGGCCAUUAUUAUCCCUAUAGUACUUGUAGCCCUUGGAAUAGCACUUUACUUUGCCAAGAAAUUUUGGGAUGUGCACAAAAGUAAACCUGCCUACCAAUACACAUCACUCUCUCAAGACCCUGCAGGCUUACAUGGUAACACAUCAGACAAUGACAUAUUUGAUGAUCCAACACCCAAUGGUCACCUCAGCAAUGAUGAGGGGGGGCUGUUGUUUUUAAGGGGGGUACCCAAACAAAAACCAUGUUAGAGGAGGGGGCAUGCAAAAUUAGUAUCCUAUAUUACUUGUAUAUUCAAUACAACAUAAGGUCAAGGGAGGCCAUACUUCUUUUUUUUCAAGAAAGUUUUUAAAACCAACAGCCCUCCCUCUCCCAAUUAAAAAUGAACGGUCCCUAAAUGCCAUAAUUGAACACCACAAAAUAAAGAGUCGACACAAGGAAUUGGAUUUGAUUUGAUUGAAUUUUUUCUCAUCAGGAAUUAUAACUCAGUGAGGUUAAUAUAGUUAUUUAUAGGUCUCGAUAAAAUUGGUUCCCUGUGUUUGAUAUCAGAUCUAAGUAGCUUCUGAAUAAUGGCUCUUAAAGUCAAGAAUACAAUUUGCAUUUCAAUGGUAAAGUAUACUUUUUAAUAUUUAAAACUAAUUUACAUGUGACAAGUGUGUAGUUUUUUAUGUAUAGUUUUGUGUAAGGUAUUUAAGAAUGGUUGUAUAUUUUUAGUUCAUUAUAAAAGACUUUUGACGCGGAGUCAUUAUAUAGUAGAAAGAGUGCUUGAAUGUUCAUUUUGUAGACCCUGUGCAUGGAUUUCAUAGUAACAACAAUAAACCAAGUUAGGA